UGCCUUAAAGGUCGCAGGAGGCAGUGCUGAAGAAUGUGUGGGCGAACGUCGUGCCAUCUGCCUAGAGAUGCUCUCACGAGAGCUUGUGCCUAUCAGGACCGAUGGGGCCAGCAGCGGCUCCCAGAGUGGAGAGACCCGGAUAAGUAUUGCCCCUCCUACAACAAGAGUCCUCAGUCCACCUGCCCGGUGCUUCUCUCACGACUGCACUUUGAGAAGGAUGCAGACUCAUCUGAACGUAUCAUUGCUCCCAUGCGAUGGGGUCUCGUCCCAUCUUGGUUCAAAGAAGAUGAUCCUUCCAAGCUGCAGUUCAGUACUAUCAACUGUCGUAGUGAUACCAUAAUGGAGAAACAGUCAUUCAAGGUGCCUCUGGGAAAGGGGAGACGCUGUGUUGUUUUAGCAGAUGGAUUCUAUGAGUGGCAACGCUGUCAGGGAACAAGCCUCAGGCAGCCGUACUUCAUCUAUUUCCCCCAAAUCAAGACAGAGAAGCCAGGCAGCAUUGAUGCUGCAGACAGUCCUGAGAACUGGGAGAAAGUCUGGGGCAACUGGAGGCUACUGACAAUGGCUGGGAUCUUUGACUGCUGGACGCCCCCACAGGGAGAUGUCCUAUAUUCCUAUACCAUCAUCACAGUGGAUUCCUGCAAAAGCUUGAGUGACAUCCACCAGAGGAUGCCUGCCAUAUUAGAUGGAGAGGAGGCAGUCUCUAAAUGGCUUGACUUUGGUGAGGUCUCAACUCAGGAAGCUCUGAAGUUAAUCCAUCCCACAGAGAACAUUACCUUCCAUCCAGUCUCUUCUGUGGUGAACAACUCGCGAAACAACACUCCUGAGUGCCUGGCUCCUGUCAACUUGGAGGUCAAAAAGGAGCUCAAGGCAAGUGGCAGCUGCCAGAAGAUGUUGCAGUGGCUGGCUACAAAGUCACCCAAAAAGGAAGACCUGAAAACGUCCCAAAAAGAAGAGUCAACUGUGCCCCAGUGGUCCAGCCAGUUCCUGCAGAAGAGCCCACGCCCCACUAAGAGAAGUGGUGCAGGACUCCUGGAGCAAUGGUUGAAGCGGGAGAAGGAGGAGGAACCUGCAGCCAAGCGGCUUCACAGCCAGUGACCCAGGACUUUGAGACCAAGGCCAGGAUCUGCUACACUAACUACUAUUGCUGAUAACGGGUUCUUCCAUUAUAUGUGUAUGUGUUUGUUUUGGGGGCACAGUGCUUGUUGCUAGUUGGCUCAUGGGGGACGUGGCCUUCCUGACCAUGAUUAGGAGCCCCUAGUGGGGCUGGUGGGCAACCUUGGAAGAGGCAGACCAGUUGCUUUUGCCAGCCAUGUGAGUCCCAUAGAGCCGUAGUGCCUGCUAUCUUUUGCUGGUGGGGUUCCCUCGAAGCCUGCCUGACCCUUCUAGGAGCUCUCAGCCCUGACAUAGUGCUCCUAGCAGCAGGGGGCUGCUUUAUCCUCAGCCUUUGGGGUUUUUUCAUCCUUUAGAAUAAGUUCUUAAAAUGUACUUUUUUCCUGAAUAAAUUAUAUUUGAUAAACUGUCUA